AGCAGAGACCAAUAUAAAUAGCUACAGCAGCCCAAUCCACACACACAAUUAGCCGGAGAGAUAGUGAAGCGAGAGAGCAUUAAACACCACCGCCGGCCGGCGAAGCACACCGGAGAAUUACCCCCCUGCACCGGCCAGGCGAAGGAAAGAUGAUCGCUUACCUGGAGCGGUUCGUCCCCGAGAACGACUCCGACCCGGUCCCGCAAGAUGACGAUAAUGACCACCAUCGCCAUGACAACGUCCUCCCCGAUUCCCUUGAACUACACGGUUCGGCCGUGGACUUAGGCGCCUCUGCCGCUUCUAUCGCCUCCAGGGACUUCGGCGGCAUGGCCUCCGUCCAGCCGCUCGCGCUCAUCCGUCCCGCCGGGGCAGAUGACAUAGCCCGCACCGUGAGAGCGGCCUCCGCGACGGCCCACCUAACGGUUGCGGCCAGAGGAAAUGGUCACUCCAUCAACGGCCAGGCGAUGGCCGACAUGGGGCUGGUGAUCGACAUGCGGUGCCUGGACCCCGGCUUCUUCGAGCUGGCCUCCGGUGGGCCGUGCAGCCCCCCAAGCGUGGUUGUGUCCGGAGGGGCAUUAUGGGAAGAGGUUCUAGACUGGUGCCUCAAGCACGGGCUGUCCCCGAGGUCCUUCACGGACUACCUCGGGCUGACGGUUGGCGGGACGUUGUCGAACGCUGGGGUCAGCGGGCAGGCCUUCCUGUAUGGACCGCAGAGUUCGAACGUGACGGAGCUAGAGGUCGUUACGGGGAGAGGACAGGUGGUGGUCUGCUCGGAGGACGAGAAUUCCGAGCUCUUCUUCGGAGCUCUCGGCGGACUCGGGCAGUUCGGGAUCAUCACCAAGGCCAGGAUACUGCUCCAGCCCGCCCCGGACAUGGUGAGGUGGAUAAGGCUCGUGUACACCGAGUUCGCCCAGUUCACCCGGGACGCAGAAUUGCUCGUCACUCUCUCUGAUGGCGACUCGUUCGGUUACUUGGAGGGGUUCGUGUUCGUCAAUGGAGAUGACCCAGCAAACGGAUGGCCCACCGUUCCGCUGACACUGGACCAGACAUUUGAUCCGACCCGGUUGCCUGGGACUUCCGGCUCAGUACUCUACUGCCUCGAGCUCGGCCUCAACUUCCAAGCCGGAGACCGCCUCUCGGAAGUUGACUCGGUUGCGAGGAGAUUCCUCGGACGGUUGAGGUACGUGGAGGGGCUGGAGUUCCACGCGGACGUAAGCUACUCGGAUUUCCUGCUGCGUGUGAAGCGCGUGGAACAGCACGCCAAGGCCACGGGGAUAUGGGAUGCGCCCCACCCGUGGCUGAACCUGUUCGUGUCGAAGGCAAGCAUUGCGGAUUUCGAUCGGAUGGUGUUCAAGGGCAUCUUGAAGGAUGGCAUCGGUGGGCCCAUGCUGGUUUACCCUUUGCUCCGAAGCAGGUGGGAUAAGCGAUCGUCCAUGAUAUUACCAGAAUCCGGGGGAGAGAUCUUCUACAUCAUAGCCCUGCUCCGGUUUACCAUGCCCUACCAGAAGGGCCCUCCGGCGGAGAAGAUGGUCUCGCAGAACCACGAGAUCCUUCGCACUUGUAACCAGAACGGCCUCGAUUACAAGCUAUACCUCCCUCAUUACAAGUUGCAGGAGGACUGGAGGCGACACUUCGGGGAUAAAUGGGCUAAGUUUGUGGAGAGGAAGAGCAAGUUCGACCCGAUGGCUAUCCUCGCCCCAGGGCAGAAGAUCUUCCCGAGGUCCUCAGCUCCCGGAAGCAACGCCAUCAUCGAUGAAAAUGAAUUGUAGCGUCUGUCUUGUCUCCUGUUCUUGUAGUUUCUCGUGUGGGUUCUCUCUGCCAAUUAGUUCAAGAACAAUGUAAAGAAAAUGUUUUCAUCAGCAAAUUUUUUUGUUUAACCAUUUUCCACUAGCUAUUCUCUCUAUUUGUUCUGAAAUAUAAUUGCUUCAAAUUUGCCUCUAAA